GUCCGUGAAGAAGAUUGUGUGUCAUGCGCUGCAGUGUUCAGCUCCCAGUGUUUUGUUUUCAACUACAACACUCUCUGUUCAAGAUAUACACAUAUUACACCUACAGGGGAGAUGCCUGUGUGCUGCUUACUAGUAAGUGAAGAUGAUUCACAUAAACCCAUUCAGCUUCAUCACCAGCGAUCCGUGACUCUGGGUCGAGGACCAGAAACUAAGAUAAAAGACAAAACGUGCUCAAGAGAACAAGUUGAAUUGAGAGCUGAUUGCAGCAGAGGAUUUAUCUCUGUUAAACAGUUGGGUGUGAAUCCUACGAGUGUGGACAGUGUGGUUGUGGGCAAAGGCAAUCAGGUGACCAUAAAGCCGGGCCAGAGACUUUACAUGGUCAAUCAGCAGUAUCCUUACAGAGUGAACUUCACUGAGGACACGUCUACUGCCAGAUCUGCUGCAGACUUGAGCAAACCUUCAAAAAGACCCCAUCAGAUGAGCUCUGAGGGGAACGGAGAGAAGAUCAAGAGCCCUGCAAACACAACAUCAACACCGUAUACAGACCAUCACAGAAUAUCAGACGAUUCGCCUCCACCAAAAAAGACACCGCCAUCUGAAUCAGAUAAAUCAGGAUCGGCUGGCCAUUGGAGCCAAGGGCUUAAAGUAUCGAUGCAGGACCCUAAGAUGCAGGUGUACAAAGAUGAUCGGGUUGUGGUCAUCAAGGACAAGUACCCAAAGGCGCAGUACCAUUGGCUGGUGCUGCCGUGGGACUCGAUCUCCAGUCUGAAGGCUCUGCGCUCGGAGCACGUGGGGCUGCUCAAACACAUGCAGCGUGUGGGAGAUCAGAUGCUGCAGCAGUGCCCUGACGCUCACAAACUGAGCUUCCGUCUGGGAUAUCACGCCAUCCCCAGCAUGAGUCACGUCCACCUACAUGUAAUCAGCCAAGACUUUGACUCGCCGUGUUUGAAGAACAAGAAACACUGGAAUUCCUUCACUACUGACUAUUUUGUGGAGUCUAAAGAUGUCAUUGCGAUGCUGGAGCAUGAUGGGAAAGUGACGGUGAAAGAAGGCACUAGUGAAUUACUGAAGCUGCCUCUGCGUUGUCACUUGUGUCAUAAAGAGCAGCCGACCAUACCUAAACUAAAAGAACAUCUCAAAACUCACCUGCCUUCUUAAAGUCACAGGUAUUUAAUCUGUUAAAAGUCUGCUAAAUUACAAUUCAUUUUGUAAACAGCCCAUUGAAUCCUUUAGUAAAUUGAAUUUGUUCUGGAUAUCUCGAUACAGUGUUUUCAUUCAUUCAGACAGUCCUCACUUAUUUUCAUUAUGAACAUCGAUACAGUAAUGAAUCAAUAACAUUUUGCACGUCUCUUUGGUUUUAUUGAAUGGAGUGAUUAAAGAUGGUAGUUAAAAGUAAAUAGUUUUCCUUUCACACAGAUGCACUUGAUUGAAGCUGGAGUGUAAUUUCAGCACUAAAUGAAAUUGCACAAAUAACACUUUUCAGACAAUUUGUUGAUUGCUGGGAUAAACAGGCCACCACAGUCAUCUUGUUGUUCUCGAACAAACAGAUUGCAAUUCCAUUUAGCGUGGUUUGUGAUGUAUACAUUACACACUUCAGCGUAUUGGCACGAGGGAAAUGACAAUCAUUAUGCUGUUCAUUUAGAAGUUGAGGUCAAAAUAUAUUUGCUUGUAACAUACUGCUGCACAAAACAAUAUCAUCAGCGAAAAUAGCAGGAUCUACUCUAGAAUAAUAAAAUGACACUCAAAGAACAACUCUGAACCUUAACUGAUCUGAAAAAUCUUGCUGAGGGGAUCCAAUAAUAUUGCUUACAUAGAAAAACAAUGACAGUUCAAGUCUCUGCAGACAGGAGUGUAUUUCACAUCCGUUACAGAAGAAAAUCUUUCACAAUCAAAUGACAAGAUAAAAUACAAAAUAUAAAAAAGUGAGAUUACUAAAACAGGAUUUGAUAACAAAAAUAUCUAAAAUACUAAGGCAGCUAUUGCUAGCCGAUAACUUCUGUAUAAAAUGUACUAUCCUAAAAAACAAAAACAAAUAAAAAUGCAGUUAGAUAUAAAAACUGAUAUUAUGGCUCUGGCAUUUUUAUUUUAAAUAACCUGCAAUAUUCAACCUCUAAAGUGUUUUUCCAUGCAAGUUUUCAGAAAACCCUACAAGGUUUUUGGAUAAAAAUGUAGGAGCAGAGACAUUAGCUUGUAGACAUCUAUUGCCAGCAUGUUGUGUUAUAUUUGUGCAUGUACCCAGCUUUUCCCUGUAGUCAUGAUGACUGAUGUCUGUCACAUUAGAAUCCCUGAAGAGAAGCUUUUGUGCAUCUCAAUAGCACUUUUUUUGGAGUGUCAGUUGAUAUAAUACUACACUGCUCUUCAUCAAGCCAGUGUACCUCCAGUCUG